UAGUAAACAGUGAGGGUAGUACAGCAAUAUUACAACAAAUAAUUGCGACUAAAGUUGUCGCCAUUUUAGUAACUCGUGCGUCUUUGUUGUGAUAUAAAAAGUGUUGAUUAUUAAUUGUUAAACAAUGUCUCUUACGGACAGUUUUAUGGAUGUAGUGGAACUAUGCACACUUUUGCAGUGUUUGGGAUUCAAUGUCAAAUCAUUGGAGACUAGAGAUGUUAAUAUGAGUCAAGAUAGUUCCACGCGCAAUGUUGUAAUUACUUGCCAGUCUUCUGGACUCCACGUUAUAAUGGAAAGUUCAGAGUUGAGGUGUUCAUGCCCGCCGGAUGCGAAUAAAAACAACAGCGGCUUUUGGGAGGUAUCGGGGGUUACAGGCGGGAAACAACAUAAUACGGAAAGUGGAAGCGGCCUUCUAGGAUAUCUAUCCAAAACACAUCAGGAGCAAAUAUCAAAAGAAUUGCAAAAUAUUGUAAAAUUCAUCAAAGAGAACAUAACCAAUGAAAAACCUAAAGGAGCCAAUAGAUCAGCUAGUAUGUUGGAACUAAGUACGCCUGAGAUAAGGUUAAAAUUAGAAGCAGACACACCGACACGUUACCGUUCUUUGGACACGUUGACAACUGUUGAUGAUUCGUCACCAUCGUUCCCCAUACCAAGAUCUUUUAAGGGACAGAUACCAAAGAUCCUUGAAAGACAAAGGACGUAUUCCGUGUCAUCUACUCCGGAUAGUCUCUGUGGUUGGAACAAAACAUCAAGGACGUAUUCCGUGUCAUCUACACCGGAUAGUCUCCGUGGUCGGAAUAAAACAUCAAGCCCUAUUCAAGAGCCUCAAACAUCGAAAUAUAUUUUAGAGAAGCUUAUCUACGCUUCAAAUUGUUGUGAAGAAACCCAAAAACAUAUUAAAUAUGUUAUCCAAACAUUGAGUGGAAAAACUAAAAACGAUUCGUCGUGCCAGGAAUUAGAUGUUUCUAAGAUACCUGUUUUUAAAGUGGCAGAUACACCAAAAACCCACUUCCUGUCAUGCUCCAAUAUACCAGCAUCAGUAACACCAAGUGAUGAGAAAGACAAUCUAAAAAGAAGUGAAUCAAGCACAUCAACAAUCGCCACAAAAGAGAAAACGUCUCGUCUACGCCGGCUCUCUCCUAGCCUUUUGAAGCUUAAAAAGGAUAUUACACCAAAAGUAGAUAAAAAACCCAAAGAGAGUAAAUUGACUAGUUUAUUCAAGCCAAAAAAAGUACUUCCACCGCCAAGUACAUCGAAAUCGAAUUUAAUGAGUCCAAAUUUAAGUGCAUCUAAUAAAAAGUUCAGCCACAUUAAAUCAACAAUACCGAAACCGUCUUCCGGAAAACCAAAAGAUCAGAAUCUUUAAAUAUUCUUCUGUGUAAUUCAUGUAUGGUUAAUAAAUUUUUGUAUUAU